CUGUUCUCGUGGAAUUAACAGCUGAUCGUCCUGAUUCAUGGCGCUGUUGGGUCGGAGUGGAUAUUGCUUGAAAGAUGGAGUGCAGGAGGAAAAAUUCAAGCCGAUCAAACAGUGGGAGUGGUGAAGACUCUCUGGACAGGCUCCUUCCUCCGGUCAGUGCCUAUCGCAGAAAGAGCAGCACUUUGGGUAAAACAGAACCGCCACUGCUCCGCACAGGCACAAGAACCAUCUACACAGCGGGUAGACCACCCUGGUACAAUGAACAUGGAGCCCAGUUUAAAGAGGCCUUUGUCAUAGGUCUGUGUGGUGGCAGUGCCUCUGGAAAAACUACUGUAGUCAAUAAAAUCAUCGAAGCUUUGGAUGUUCCCUGGGUGGUCCUGUUGUCAAUGGACUCAUUCUAUAAGAUUCUCUCUCCAGAUGAACAAGCUCUGGCAGCUAGUAAUGACUAUAACUUUGACCAUCCAGGGGCUUUUGACUUUGAACUGCUCGUGACCACACUACGGAAACUUAAACAGGGAAAAAGUGUAAAGAUCCCAGUGUAUGACUUCACUACACAUGGACGCCAGAAAGACUGGAAAAACGUCUAUGGUGCCAGCGUCAUUAUCUUUGAAGGCAUCUUAUCUUUUGCAGACAAAGAGCUCUUGCAGCUCAUGGACAUGAAGAUUUUUGUAGAUGCAGAUUCAGAUAUUCGGCUGGUACGGAGGCUGAGGAGGGACAUCACAGAGAGGGGACGGGACAUUGAGGGUGUCAUUAAACAGUACAAUACGUUUGUAAAGCCAGCAUUUGAGCAGUACAUUGAACCAACCAUGAGACUGGCAGACAUUGUAGUGCCACGUGGUGGAGGUAACAUGGUAGCCAUUGACCUGAUCGUUCAACAUGUUCACAGCAAGUUAGAAGAGCGUGAGCUUAGUGUCAGGGCGCUCCUGGCAACAGCUCAUCAGUCCCAGCCUCUCCCUCAGACUCUCAGUGUGUUGGAGAGCACGCCACAGGUGCAAGGCCUUCACACUAUCAUGAGGAACAAAGACACCAGCCGUGACGAGUUUAUCUUCUACUCAAAGAGACUGAUGAGGCUGCUUAUUGAACACGCUCUGUCUUUCUUGCCCUCAAAGGUGUGCACUGUCCAGACACCACAAGGCCAAGAGUAUGAGGGACGCAGAUUUAGUGGCAAAGGGAUCACAGGUGUGUCUAUUCUUCGGGCUGGUGAAACCAUGGAGCCUGCUCUGAGAGCCGUGUGCAAGGAUGUCCGUAUUGGCAAGAUUUUGAUCCAGACUAAUCUGGACUCGGGGGAACCAGAGCUGCACUACCUGCGACUGCCCAGAGACAUCAGUGAGGAUCAUGUGAUUUUGAUGGACAGCACUGUUUCCACAGGAGCGGCAGCCAUGAUGGCAGUCAGGGUGUUGCUGGACCAUGAUGUCCAGGAAGACAAGAUUGUGUUGGUGUCACUGCUGAUGGCAGAGUUGGGAGUUCACUCAGUGGCUUACGCCUUCCCACGAGUCAAAAUCAUCACCACUGCUGUUGACAAGAGCCUGGAUGAUCUUCUUCAUGUCAUUCCAGGGAUAGGUGAUUUUGGUGACCGUUACUUUGGGACAGAUUGGAGCGAUGCAGAAGAACAAGAAUCUCUAAGCUGCUGAUUAAUGCUUUAAUGUUUGUGUAGUCAUAAACCAGAAAUGUACACCAGUUAAUACAGUUAAGUGUGCAUAAUAUUAUGGUCAGUGAGGAACAACACUAGAUUUCAUAGUCAACCAGGACCAAAAAUAGUUUUUACUGUACUCUCUGUAUGUAAACAGAACAAUAUGAUUUGAUGUUUUUUAUGUUAUAAAUGACCUUCUCACUAUCACAAUAGAGUUCACUUUAUAUAUUUCUAAGUACUAGUUUAUAUAUUUGUGUGAAUGGUUAGAAUAGCUAAACCCAUUUGGCUGUUUUCUGGUUUUGCAGAUUC